GCGCUGUGGAGGCUCCAGCCCGCCCCUCUUUCCUUCGCAGUGAAUCGGCGGCGCCCAGGACAGCGCGCACUGAUACUCAAACGCGCGCUCCACCCGGUAGCCUCCUCCUGCCUCACGGUCCGAAGAUGGCGGCUCUCAAACUCCUCUCCUCUGGGCUUCGGCUCUGCGCCUCUGCCCGCGGAUCUAGGGGAGCCUGGUACAAGGGAUGUGUUUGUUCCUUUUCCACCAGUGCUCAUCGCCAUACCAAGUUUUAUACAGGUCCAGUAGAAGCUGUAAAAGACAUUCCUGAUGGUGCAACGGUUUUGGUUGGUGGUUUUGGGCUAUGUGGAAUUCCAGAGAAUCUUAUAGGUGCUUUACUGAAAACUGGAGUAAAAGGACUAACUGCAGUCAGCAACAACGCAGGGGUUGACAAUUUUGGUUUGGGGCUUUUGCUUCGGUCCAAGCAGAUAAAACGCAUGAUCUCUUCAUAUGUGGGAGAAAAUGCAGAGUUUGAACGACAGUACUUAUCUGGUGAGUUAGAAGUGGAGCUGACACCACAGGGCACACUUGCCGAGAGGAUCCGUGCAGGCGGGGCUGGAGUUCCUGCAUUUUACACCCCCACAGGGUAUGGGACCCUGGUACAAGAAGGUGGGUAGGUUUUUAAAAUUGCUGAUUCAGUUUUGGAACAUGUUAUUUGUCUGUUCAGGUUUUUACUUUCUUCCUGGUUAAAUCUUUGGAGGUUGUGUGUUUCCAGAAAUGUAUGUUUCUUCUAGAUUGUCUAAUUUGUGUACAUAGAGGUGUUCAUGGUAGACUCUGAGGGUGUUUUGUAUGUCUGUGGGAUCAUUUGUAAUGUCAUCUUUGUUAUUUCUGAUUGAGCUUAUUUGGAUCCUUUUUCUUUUCUUUGUUAAUCUAGCUAGUGAUCUAUCAGUCUUGUUUAUUCCUUUGAAGAAACAAUUAUUGGUUUCAUUAAUCUUUUGU